CAGACAUGCUGCCUGGGGGAUGACAAGAGACUACAGGGAGGGGAAGGCACUUUCCGUUGGAUUGGCUUGGAUGUAGCCUGAAACCGCAGCUGAAGACACCGGAUGAUAGAUGCAGUUGUGUUGACCAGCUUUUUAUGAAGUACCAAACAGGAACAGUCUCCUUGUAUUCGAAUCCCGGAGUCCACUGCAGCAAGAAGGAACUGCCAGCAAAAAUUCUUCAACAAGUCUUAUUGCUUCAGGCUAAGGAGGUGGCUGAAGUGGAGGGCAGGAUGUCGGAGCUGAGUGAUGAAGCCAGCGAGUCGGAGCUGCUGAACCGCAGUCUCUCCAUGUGGCAUGGGGUCGGUCAGAUGAUCUGUCGGGAGGAGCUGGACGUUCCCCUGGACUUGCAUACGGCUUCUUCUGUUGGGCAGUAUGAAGUGGUGCAGGAGUGUAUCCAGCGUGGAGAUCUGGAUUUAAAUAAGAGGAAUUGUGGUGGCUGGACUCCACUGAUGUAUGCCUCCUACAUCGGCCACGACACCAUUGUGCACCUGCUGCUGGAAGCGGGAGUGAAUGUGAACAUCCCCACACCAGAAGGGCAGACACCGCUCAUGCUGGCCUCCAGCUGUGGAAAUGAAAGUGUUGCUUACUUUCUUCUACAGCAAGGUGCAGAGCUGGAGAUGAAGGACAUUCAUGGCUGGACUGCCUUGUUUCACUGCACCAGUGCUGGACAUCAGCAGAUGGUCAAGUUCUUACUGGACAAUGGGGCAAAUGCCAACUGCAAGGAGCCCGUGUAUGGAUAUACACCUCUGAUGGAAGCAGCUGCUUCUGGCCAUGAGAUAAUUGUUCAGUACCUUCUCAAUCAUGGGGUGAAGGCAGAUGUCAGAGAUAACACUGGAGCCACAGCACGGACACUGGCCAUGAAGUACGGACAUACAAAGAUUGUGGGGCUGAUAGAUUUGCAUGUGGCCCCAGUGCCCAAGGUCUUCUGCAGGGGUCCAGGAAAAUAUGAAGAGCUGAGUUCUUCAGAUGAAUCAUGUUCUGCUCCUCAGAGACAGAGGCCUGUUCGUAGGACCAAGGGUCCCAGCAUCCAUGAUGGGCCCCAGGCGUUGGCAAAGAUAACGGCGGUUGGAAUUGGGGGAAGGAAGCAGUCUUGCUAUGAGCAGGUCCCUCCUCGGGGCUAUGUUACCUUCAAUGACGAUGGCAGCUGUGAAGCAGACAAUAUCCGGAACCGGGAUGUUACCUCUCCAAUUAAUGAGCAGGAUGUGGAGAGCAGCAGCAGCAGGGAAGAUAAUGUUUUCCUCACCAACAACUUAGCAACUGUCAGGAGCAGCAGCAGCAGCAGUGAAUGCCUUACCAAAGCCCCGGGGGUCAGCAGUGAAGGCUCCUUGGAAAGCAAUGAGGAUUCUGACCAUGCAAACAGCCCUCCUAGUCGGAAACAAGCCAAGAGCUUUAAGAUCAAGAACCGCUACAGCAACAGUGAUAGUCAGUGGACCCACUGCCCAGGGAAAGCUGGGGGCUCUAGUCAGCACCUGAUCCUUCCUGAGCCCCCAGCCUAUAAAGGGCCCCAGGACCUGGCAACGUUCCUUGAAGAGAUUGGGUGUCUGAAGUAUCUGCAAGUGUUUGAGGAACAAGAUGUUGACCUCCGGAUCUUCUUGACCCUCACAGAGAGUGAUCUGAAGGAAAUAGGCAUCACUCUGUUUGGACCCAAAAGGAAGAUGACUUCUGCCAUUGCCCGAUGGCACAGCAAUGCUCGACCACCCAGCGAUGCCCUGGAGCUGGCCUAUGCAGAUCGACUGGAGGCUGAGAUGCAGGAGUUGGCCAUUCAGCUGCACAAGAGGUGUGAGGAGGUGGAGAUGAUGAAGAGCCAGGUGUGCCAGGAGCAGAAGCUGCGUGCAGUGGCUGAGAGCUGUUUGAUGGAGCGGGAUGAGACCUGGAAUGCUAUCCAGUGCCAGCUCAGAGAGGUUCAGGCCAUCACCAAGAAUGCUGGAGUCCUACUGGAUCAGAUCAAAUCCUGUCAAGCAGAGCUGUCCUCCCGGCUGACCCAAGAGCUCAUAGUCGGCAGAGUGCUAGACACAAAGGUACAAACGGGAACCGGUGAGAGCAGACGGCCUGGCGAGCGUCCAGUGCUGGAAGGAUGGCCGCCUUCUUUGAAGUCUCUGAGCUUGCCUGAGCUAUCAGCUGUCCUAGAGGAGUGUGUGGGAGAAAUGGGAAAAGCUCUGCAGACUGUGACUCAAAACCUCCAAAGGCUCCAAGCCCCAGGGCAGAGCUGGCUAGAGCCAUAACAAAGCAGGAGGCUACAGGAAUACUGACGUCGGGUGAUUGUUCCACCCGGAAGCUGAGUGUGCCUGGGAGAAUGAGCGCAAGAGCCGUGCCGACACCACCGCAGCUCCGCUGAGAGUGCCACAGUGGUUGGCAGAUGCAUGGAAGGAGGUCUCGAUGAUCAGAGAACAUGCCUGGGAGAAUGAGGGACAGCAGAGGACAAGCCAGCAACUAUUUGGGCCUGACUGUUUUCUGGGUUCCCAGGAUCAUUGUUGUCCAUACCAAAAGGUUAAGUGAAGAGGAGAAGCACUGACCCUAAAAGGUUUUUCUGCCUUAAGCUUCCUGCAGCCAUUGUCAUUCAGGGCUGUGUGGUGUUAGAAAGCUGACAUUCACUGACAGCAAUCAGUUAUCUUUUUCUGCAUCCUGUCCUUCCCAAGGUCUCUAACACUCGCCCUGGCCCCUUCUAUGCCAUGCGGAUUGCUCAGGAGCUGACUCAGAAAAUGUAUCUGAGGCAAUAAGGAACGUGGGGUUGGUGUGGAUGGGUAAAGCGAGUGGAGUUUAACUUUUGGCUCAUUGAGCUGCAGUGAAACUCAUGCAGCCCUAAUCUCCAGCAGGAAUGUCUGCCCUACUGCCAUCCCAAACCUGUGCUUCAAAACCUCUCCCUCCAACCAGCCAACCCUGCUUUGGUUCAGAUUCUUCCCUGCCUCAGGGGUUGUGAUCAUGUUAUUCAGUCCCAAAUAACUUGGUUUUGUGGUAAAUGCUUUAUGGUACAGACUCUCAGUCUGGUUUGUUAGUGCCAAGCUCCCAAUGCUGGCAGUGGUUGCAAGGCAAAUGUUCCCCUGGAAGGACAUGAGAGAGAAGGAAGAGCUUGAGACCGUUCCAUCUCCUGUGCCUUUGGCAGGCAAGAGAGUGCCAAGGCAGGCAGAACAAGAGCUGGGGAACAGAGCUGUCCCGCAGGGGAGAUCAGCAAAGAAAUCACAUCCCAGAUGUAGCUGCAGUACAAAGCCAUGGUCCUCAACCACUGCCUCCCUCUGUUUUCCAGGCUUUAGUGCUUGGAAGUAAUUCUGCCAAGGCAUUCUUGUGUUGGCAGUGUGGGUGUUGUCAAAGAGCAGACAACUGGUGCAGGAAGAGGCUGCUCUGUCUCUUGGAGCUGUGUGAGCAGCCACAGGGGCUAUGGUGACAGUAACAUUGAUGUAAAAUGGUUUCUAGUGAGACUGUAUUGCUGAGCUGUGGGGUGGUGGGGAAAAACCAAACCUGAAGUCUAUGAGCAUUGGCCUUGAUGAGUCUGGAAAAGUGUUCUUCUCUUUGCUGGGAAGGGGAAGAAAGUGUGUAUUCCUUCUGAUUUUAAUUUUUUUGGACUGUGAUCACAGAUGUCAGAAUACAAAAACCCAGUCUGGCACCACCCAUUGAGCUAGUCACCCCUUCUGAUCAGCUUCCUGGGACGUUUAGGCAGUCUGGGCUGUGUUUGAAGGUCACAUCUGGUUUGCAUGUCCCACAGAACCAGAGUGUCUGUGCUUCUGGGUGACAAUCCUGGGGCACUGAGGUGGGUAUGGCUCUGAUGUGACCCUGCUCUGCUGGCAGCUUGUCUGUGCUUGGCAGAGUGCUCAGCUGUGGGCUGCUCCUUUCCACCCACGUUCAGCUCUUAAAUUUAACAUGGCACACUUUUUAUUUAAUCUUUAGCAAAUCACAUGGGUGUAUGCAUGGGAGCAGCUGGCACCAGCUGUGCAGCAGGCAGUGGGACAAAGCUGCAGGAAGUUUCACCAUGAAGUAGUUUUGGUGAGGUAGAGCCAAUUCUUCUAAGGAAGCAUCCCUGGAAGCUUCUUGGAGUAUUGAGGGUGUUCUGGAACAGUAUUUUGGACUUUUUUUCAUUCCCCAUUUCUGGAGGAAUGGUGAGGAGUGCCCAGGCAGUGUGUAAUGCCCUUGCCCCAGCCUUGGUGGGGUCUCUGGCUGCACCAGUACAGGGUUGUCAGUGCUGUAGCCCAUGGAAGCCCAGUCUUGAAUUUAAAGCAAGAUGCUUGUGGGGAAAGGUGGAAAAUUUUGGUGUGCAAGGGGGGAAAAAAGUGAAAGGGCAUGGGAGCAUCUGGUGAGCACAGGGAGCCCUGGCUCAGCAACACUGCAGGAGAGCGGGUGGCUGGAAGGAGAGACUGUAUGGACUUGGGGCUAACUUUGCUGGGUCAUAAGGUGGAAGAAAUGGGGGUUUUGGGGGCAAAAUAGUACAUGCAAUAGAUUGUAAUGCUUGGAGACUGGGAGAAGGGGUAGAUGAGAGCCACAGCAGUGUGUGCAUGAAGGAAAAAGACUCGUACAAAAGGUACUUAAAGGGGUUCUAGAGUAGCCUCAGGGUAACACCAUGGAAGGGACUUUAUAGACUAGUGGUUCCCUGAGGAAGCAGUUGCUUACAUGGAGGACUUCAAACAGCAUUCAUUGCUGAAGGGGUGGUGGAGCAGGUGGCAGGGAGUCUGGUGCUACCCUAAGGCAAGCUGUCUGAAUAAAAUAGUAUUUGCUGACAUGGAUAAAAUAAUAAAACCUGAAAAUGUU